AUGUCAAGAAAGGCCAUACAAUUGAAUGGUGCAAGACAACCUGUAACUUAUCAAGAUCACAUCAAUCCCUCGUUAUUCCACACACGUUUUCCAAAUCUCGUCAAUUCCUCUCCACGGCAGUCAAACUUUCCUUCGCCAAGUCCGAUAUUCUCAGAUAAUCUUGGUUCGCAGCAACAUUAUUCUCCUCAACCGGCACCAAGGUGGACAUCCACCAUGCAAGCCUCAACUUACCCCAGACCAUACUCAAAUCCUAAUGAAUUCUCAACGCAACAUCAGUUACCACCACUUGGGCCUAAGAUCGGUAGACGCAAUACCCAACACUCUCCUCAAUUUUCCACUCAAUCGCAGCCACAAUUGCCUGCUCUGGACCCUUACCCACUGACUCCCGUUACACCAUCAAAUGCCUCUCCAUUGCUUCGAAUACCCUCUAGACUAGAAUCUUCAAUAUCGACCCCAGCUCCUCAGUCAAAGCUACAAGCACUUCCUCAAUCCCAAUCUCUAGAGUCUGCUCUCGAUGAUGCAGAUGUCAAAUCCCUCAAAGCAUUGCUUAGAGCUACCGGAAAUUUGUAUCCGCACAUGCGAACGACUACUCUAAGAUUUUUGCUUGGUGACAAAUAUGUCGAAGAGGAGAAAGAGGAGGGAUAG